AAUGGCCCUUUUAGAUCUAAAUCCAGUGCUUAAGACUGAUGAAGAGAGGCUCCGCUUCAUCGAUGAGGUAACCAAGGAUGUCGGAAGAUUACAAGAUCGGGUCCUGGCUGAGAUACUGAGCAAGAACGCUGAUACCGAGUACUUGCAGCGACAUGGACUGGGUGGCGCAACCGACGGCGCUACGUUCAAAGCAAAGAUACCGGUGGUCACCUACGAUGAUCUCCGACCGGAUAUCGAGCGUAUUGCUAAUGCUCUGCGACAUCAGGUGGAAAGAUGAAGCUAAUACCUGUCAUCAGAGACGACCAGAAUCGACAUCGCCUAUUCAUCGACCUAGCUAACACGGUCACAAAGCAGUAAAUAUACCUUCCUUUUAUUUUAAUCCGGCCGUCUGUUCUAUAAUUUGUUUCUUCCUUUGAAAACAGAAACGAUCGAGUGAAAACUGUGGAAUCAGACUGACUUUUUGGAGCUUUAGCGCUCCUUUUCGAGUGUACUCCUACAUACAAAUAUGCCAUCUACACAAUAAUAUGUAUAGUAACAAAGUUGAUGCAAUACAUGAAGCGCAAGAAAUAUACAUCUACUUAUUCUUGUUAGAACAUAAAACUUUUUAACUUUUCAUCACAAUUUUAGAGUUUUAGUGCAGUGACAUGGUCCAUAAUUUGACAUAUAUAGUAAAUGAGCAAUCAAUGUCAAAAUUUUAUUGGUCACAAAUUGUCAAUGGUCUUGAAUCAACCCAUGAUAUUGUUAGAAUAUAA